AUGAGCGACAUCCGGCACUCGUUGCUGCGCCGCGACGCGCUGAGCGCCGCCAAGGAGGUGCUGUACCACCUGGACAUCUACUUCAGCAGCCAGCUGCAGAGCGCGCCGCUGCCCAUCGUGGACAAGGGCCCCGUGGAGCUGCUCGAGGAGUUCGUGUUCCAGGUGCCCAAGGAGCGCGGCGCGCAGCCCAAGAGGUUGAAUUCACUGCAGGAGCUCCAACUUCUUGAAAUCAUGUGCAAUUAUUUCCAGGAGCAAACCAAGGACUCUGUCCGGCAGAUUAUUUUUUCAUCCCUUUUCAGUCCCCAAGGGAACAAAGCGGAUGACAGCCGGAUGAGCUUGUUGGGAAAACUUGUCUCUAUGGCAGUGGCUGUGUGUCGAAUCCCGGUGCUUGAGUGUGCAGCAUCCUGGCUCCAGCGGACGCCUGUGGUCUAUUGCGUGCGGUUAGCCCGGGCCCUCGUGGACGACUACUGCUGUCUGGUGCCAGGAUCCGUCCAGACGCUGAAGCAGAUAUUCAGCGCCAGCCCUCGCUUCUGCUGCCAGUUCAUCACCUCUGUCACCGCCCUGUACGACCUGUCAUCAGACGAUCUCAUCCCCCCGUUGGACCUGCUUGAGAUGAUCGUCAACUGGAUCUUGGAGGACCCCAGGUUGAUCCUCAUCACCUUCCUGAAUACUCCAAUUGCCGCCAACCUCCCAAUAGGAUUUUUAGAGCUCACGCCGCUCACCGGAUUGAUCCGCUGGUGCGUGAAAGCCCCCCUGGCUCACAAAAGGAAGAAGACCCCCUUAGCCAAUGGCCACGUUGCCGCCAAAGUCCCGAAGGCCUUGGGCGGGGCGGACCGGGACCCGCAUCUCUUGUACUCCAAGCUGCACCUGAGCGUGCUCCAGGUGCUCCUGAUGCUGCAGGUGCAUCUGACCGAGAAGAACCUGUACGGCCGCCUGGGGCUCAUCCUCUUUGACCACAUGGUCCCGCUGGUGGAGGAGGUGAACAGAUUGGCGGACGAACUGAACCCCCUCAACGCCUCCCAGGAGAUCGAGCUUGCCCUGGACCGGCUUGCACAGGCUCUGCAGGUGGCCAUGGCCUCUGGGGCCCUGCUGUGCACGAGAGAUGACCUGAGAACCCUGUGCUCCAGGCUGCCUCAUAAUAACCUGCUCCAGCUGGUGAUCUCAGGCCCCGUGCAGCAGUCACCCCACACGGCGCUCCCCCCCGGGUUCUACCCCCACAUCCACACGCCCCCGCUGGGCUACGGGGCCGUGCCAGCCCACCCGGCUGCCCACCCUGCCCUGCCGACGCACCCCGGGCACACCUUCAUCUCAGGCAUGACCUUCCCAUUCAGGCCCAUCCACUAG